AUGAAGGCAAGAGAGUGCUCAUGGAAGGUUGUGAAGCCUGCUCGAAUGGUCGAGCUUGAUGGGCUCGGUCGAGCCAAGCAGGGGCAGCAAGACAAAAGUUACUGGACUCUCGCUCGGGUUGUCAAGCGGCUGCUGCUCGAGUCGAGCAACGACCAGCUCCUCUCAGUACGCAUUUCUGUUUUAUGUCCGAUUCUUUGUGGGCUUUUGUGGAGUUCAAAUCUUCAACUAAGAUCAGUUCUUUUUACAAUUUUGAUUUCAAUAAAAAAGUUUUUGGAUAAAUCGAAUAGGGAAAAGGAAAAAAGGAGGAAGAGGGAUGAGUCAUCUGAUGAUGAGGAACGUCAGAAACGAAAGAGUCGGAAGGAGAGGAGGAGGAGGAAGGAUGAGUCAUCUGAUGAUGAGGAACGUCAGAAAAGAAAGAGUCGGAAGGAGAAGAAGAGGAGAAGGAGGAGGAGGAGCUAUCGACAUGCAGAUGAUUCAGAUGAAUCCCCAAGGCGGCAUAAGAGAAAGAGCAGGAGGGCCAGAUCACCUUCUGAUACUGAUGUCAGUGACUCUGAUGAUUCCAGAGCUUUUUUUUUUUAUAAAUUCAUCCUUCAGGUCCUAGCUUUCUGGCUUCUAUGA